AUGCCCGGUGGCGUGUGUGCCGUCCUCGAUUACGAGGUCGACAUGAUGGCCGAGUACGUUGCUGAGAUGGCGCUGCGAGUUGUCACUCCCGAGGCCUCUCUGACCUCGCCCUUCCGCAAGUUCGUGUCUCAGAUCCUCACCUCGACGAGGCUCCCGAGCACCACGAUCCUUCUCGGAAUGAACUACCUCGCCAAGAGGAUCAACACCUUGAAGGGCCAGGGUCCCUACAAGGCCUCCGAGGGUCAGGUCUGGCGAUACCUGACUGUGUCGCUUCUGCUGGGCAGCAAGUUCCUCGACGACAACACCUUCCAGAACCGGUCUUGGUCCGAGGUUAGCGGUAUUGCUGUGUCGGAGCUCAACUCGCUCGAGUUUGAGUGGGUCGAGUCCAUGGGCUGGCGCCUGUAUGUCAACCUUGACCUCAGCAAGGACUACCAGGCUUGGCUCGAGAACUGGCGUGAUUGGCAGGAUAUGAAGAAGCGACAGGCUGCCCAGGCCAGCCGCGAGAGGCUCGCUUCUCUUGUCCCCGCGAUCGACACCGAGCUCGCCAGGUACUCUGGCCAACGCCAGUCUCCUCACUCGCGCUACCUCCAGGAGCAGGUGGCCGAGUACGAGCGUUACCAGGCUAUGAAGGUCCAGCAGCAAAGCUACCGCCCUCGCGGCGAGGUUGCUUGGACACACAACCCGUGGAGUGCUCCCCUCACACCUCCCGACUCGGGCUAUGGCACACCCGAUUAUGCCAUGUCCGCUUCGUCGAGCAAUGCACGCUACAACGAGUGGUUCUCUCAGGCUGCUGCCCAGUACACCAGCCGAUACCCUCAGCCUCCCGCUCACAACUCGUUUUACCCCAACUCCCGCCACAAUUCAUACGGCGGUCACUACCCAUACACCCAGAACAUGUGGGAGCAUGGCCUUGCUGAAUGCAGCUGUGCUGGCUGCGUCGACCCGAUGAAGCAGCAGGUCCCCUACUUUGUUCCCCACGGCUACAGCCAGCCGGUUAUGGGUUAA